AUGGCAGGUAAUGUCAUUGUUUGCUCUGCUAAUUAAACCAAAGCCAAAAUUUAUUUUAGCAAUAGAGUGAGGUUACUUUGUUCUUUUAAAACAACAGUAAUUUCUCUGAAAUUGUCGACUGCUUUAGGCAUCAGACCAGUGCACUGUGCUGCACCUGUUUUAUGGAACUCGCUGCCAUUAACUAUAAGAACAAGUAGCAGCCUCGCCAUCUUUAAAAAGCAUCUUAAAACAUUUCUUUUUAGGAAAGCUAAUAAUUUACUAGAAUAACUCUCAAGUUUAGUGCUUUGAAUAUUUUGAUUUUAAUUUUUUUUAUAGAAUUUUAGACUUUUAUUUUUUAGCUUUUAGCAUAGCAUGGAAUUCUCUUAUUAUUAUUAUUAUUAUUGUUAUUAGUAGCUUUUUAGGAAUUUUUUUAAUUGUAAGUUAAUGUUAAGCGCUUUUGAAUAUGUUAUCGUUCUAGCGCUAUACAAAUUCUUCAUCAUCAUUAUUAUCGUUAUCACCAUCUCCUAUAAAACUGGCGUGAAAUAACCUCUAUCUUAUUUUGUCUUUUUCACCUUCCGUUUACAGGUGAACCCAUUUUCGUUGCACUUCAACAAAUCCUGCUGGAAGCACGCAUAGAGUCCAGCAAAACUAAGCUGUCGCAGACGUUAAAGAGGACUGCUUUGGAGAAAGGUUUUGCGAUUUCUGACAAUCAAGGAGAGGGGAACUGCAUGUUUUUUGCACUUUCAGAGCAGCUUGACCUCGUCAAAGGAAUUCAAAUGUCCCAUGAUGAGUUACGCCGAACAAUUGUUCAACACCUUCGGGAAAACCCCAGGCUGGUGAGUACCUUAUUAUUUUUGCUUGGAUGAAUUCAUUUGCGAGCCGUUAGCCGUCGCAUUUGCCCGUUGAAUUUUUUCAUUGUUCUUAAGGUUAUAAGUAAUAAGGCCCUGUCGACACGCAGCGUAUUUGAAUUAUUUUUCGCUCGUCUACAUAAAAACGCUGAAAUGAUUGAAAUACGAUAGCAUCCCUCACAGAACAAACGCAGUGCUACUAGCCGAUAAUAAAUGACAUCGUCGUAUUAGAAAACCUCUGUUUUUGUCCGUCCACACGUAAACGAAAAGUCGACGUUUUCAAAAGUCCACUCUGGGGACCGCUUUCUGGUGACCUGUGUUUUUGUUGCCCGAAAAGGCCGUUUUCGUGUGAACAGAAGGCUAAAAAUACCCUAAUACGUGUGGAUGGGGCCUCAAAUUCCUGCAAGCAAAUGCGAUGGCUUUACGGGUAUGCUGCAAAUGAAUCCACCCUUUAUGAGCAAAACAGCAGCUCUGCAUGAGUAUUACGCAUGUUUGUACUUUUCUUCGUUGUCCACUGCACGACGUGAAACUUCCUAAUGCGACGUUUUGUGAAGGAUCUCGAACGCACGGCGACCAAGUAUUGUUAUUGGAUCGGGAUGCUGUCCUUAAAAUACAAAUCCCAGAAAUUUCUUCUCCUUUUUUUAAUUGACAAAACGCGACAUAAGGACCAUGAAGAUUUAAAUUAACGCAAAUUCGUUUCCUUUAAUCACAUUCUUAUCUCGAAGGUGUAAAUGGAAACCGAUAUUAGGAAAUCUGUUUCUGUCGCCUCGAUCGUCUGACUUAUGUCCUAAUUUUUCAUAAGUACGUUGUUUUACUAAGUAGGAAGUGUUCACUGAAAGCCGCUUUGUUCCAACAGCAUAUGUCUAUAUAGUGAAGUGAAGUGAAUACUUUAUUUAAAGAGGGUAAAACUUGACAGUUAUAACAUCAACUGAUAAACUUGAGGUCCUCGAUACUGGUUAUAUAUGUAGUAGGGUUAUUUCUGACCCAACGUACUUGGCCAAGUCGAAAUUUCCAAACUAUUAUUAUUUCAUGGUAAACACCUCUUUCCCUCUCACUUACACGUGUAACAGACACCUCACUAAAACCUCCUGAAGUACUUUCCUGAAAGUGUUGGUCCCUGCUGUUCUUAAUUGUUUUUGUUGGACUUUUUACGAGGAAAAUAGUUUAGGAUACCCAGUUUAAACCUCGUUUUUGAAGUGAAAUCUCAUUAGCAUGAAGUGGAACAAAUAAGUGUAGGUGACAUCUUUAUCUAAUGAAUUAAAUGCGGUAGAAUCUUAUCAAGAUAACGUCUAAGUUAUACGAGCUAUUUUUAUGUAGUUUCUAGUGUAACCAGUUAUUCUGGCAUUAAUGAUGUAACUUGCAGGAAUCAUGUUCUUAUUUGGUGUAUUUGGUGAGAAUGCUGUCAUAGUUUAUUUCAUUGUCCAUUGCAGACACCCUUUUGGCCUGGUUCCGGUUCACUACUAAAGUGGACAUAUCUGCUCUAGUGCCGAUACCAGCGGGGGUCCGCCUUAGAGAUAGCUCACGACAGCGCAGCUGCCUGAAUAUAUACCUUCUACAAAAGCACCCUACCUUUUUCUCCAUUAACUACAGUAUUUACUUUCUUUCUUACAGCCGAAUGGGUCAGAACUGUUUCAUUUUGUUGAUGGAUAUUCAUCUUGGGAUGCCUACCUCACUAGCAUGAUGGUAGAUGGUACAUGGGGUGAUCACGUGAUUCUACACGGCGCGGCAAACUGUUUUGAAACGUGCAUCCACGUGAUCAGCAGUCUGCCACAUUGCCAUGACGUAAUGAUCUGUCCAGAGUAUGAUGUUACUGGCAGCAACCGGCUUGUGCUGGGUCACGUGCAUGGGCUUCACUAUGUUAGCCUUAUUCCUUACUCGAGUGAUUUAAGGCAUCCCUCCUCGCUCCAUUUUGAGCUUUUGUCAUUUCUUCUUGUUUUGUCCGCCAUCUUCUUUCAUUUUUACUUAAACAGGUGUGCUUAA